AUUAGUUCACGUGUAGGACGUCUGCUGGGAACAAAAUGUCUAAUCUUUAAAAAAUUUCACAGUAUCUCUUUAAUAUUGCAAUAAUACCAAUGGGUAAGUGAAGUACUAGCGCAUACACACUUUCGUUAAAAUUAAGUGGCGAUACUAACCUUGGAUUGAUGUUUUAGAGGAGAAAAACAGGCCAUGCCAAUUACAGGAAGUGAGCAUAAAAAUCAAAGAUGAGAGGAAGACGGAAUCUAAGACCGUUGAUAUUGAUAUUGGAUGCCUGAAAUUAACCAACCUACCCCAAUCUCAACAAUUCCUAAUUUUAACAAUUGGAGUUAUGCUGUUCUAUUUAAUUUAUGGUUAUUUUCAAGUAAUCUAUUCAAUAACUUGUUUCACUUAUGAGAUUUACAUUAAUUAUUCAUAUUCCUGACGAAUAGGAAUUAAUGUUUAGGCUAGAGGGGUUCCGGCCAUAUGGUUGGUAUUUAACUUUAAUUCAGUUUGGCUAUUAUUCAAUAUUUGGAACAAUUGAAUUAUAUUCAAAAAAGACAACGAGAAGGAAAGUUCCUCUAAAGACAUAUUAUUUUCUGGCAUUUUUGACAGUAGCCACUAUGGGUCUAUCAAAUUCAUCACUCGGCUAUUUAAACUAUCCCACUCAAAUCAUAUUUAAAUGCUGCAAGCUCAUUCCUGUCUUAAUAGGUGGUAUAAUAAUUCAAAAGAAAAAGUAUACAACACUUGAUUUUGCUGCUUGUGCCUGUAUGAGUAUUGGUCUCAUCUUUUUUACUUUAGCUGAUAGCAGUGUUUCACCCUCUUUUAGCCUUUACGGUCUCAUGCUCAUAUGCUCAGCUUUGGUUGCCGAUGCAGUCAUUGGAAAUGUUCAGGAGAAAACAAUGAAAGAGUUCUCAUCAAGCAAUUCGGAGAUGAUACUCUAUUCAUAUUCAAUAGGCUUUGUUUAUAUUCUUUUUGGUCAAUUGGCGACCGGACAAUUUUGGAGUGCCUUCUCAUUUUGCUGGCAACAUCCUUUUCAAACAUAUGGUUAUGCGCUAAUCUUCUCAUUUACUGGAUAUAUAGGUCUAGUUGUUGUAUUGAGCUUAGUAAAAUCUUUUGGAGCGCUUAUAGCUGUAACUGGUAAAUCUACUAUUCUAUAUGAAGAUCUGUUAGAUGCAAAGAUACACAAAAAAGAAGUUACGAUAGGAUUUAUUCGACGACAUAAAUCGAAAAAUAUCUUAAAAGUAGAUAAAGUAUCAUUCCAUGAAAUUGAGGGUAGCAAUGAAUGCACUGAGUUUGUUGACAAUGUGUUAUCUCGAGCUAAAAACUAUUGGCAACGUCGACCUACAAAAUUGAAGGUGAUAGUUAAUCCUCAAUCAGGAACCUUAAAAAAGGGUGAGAGAGUUUAUAAAGAAGUUGUACAGCCAAUCUUUGAAUCAGCUCGCAUUGUUUGCGAAACAGAAGUGACUCAAAGUCGAAAGCAUGCCCAAGAAAUUUUAUCAAAGUGCUGUCUAAAUGACUUCGACGGGGUUGUAUCGGUUGGUGGAGAUGGUACCUUUACAGAAUGUUAUAAUGGAAUGAUAUUAAAUCAAAUGGCCUGUGCUAAGCGUGACAUUAAUGAUCGAAGAAGUCAACUUAUUAAACCCCCUAUACCAAUUGGAAUAAUACCUUUGGGAAGCGGCCAAGGGUGCAUAAAAAUGGCUAUCGGAAGUGUUGAUGUAGUAACAGCUGCAUUGCAUAUUGUCAUCGGUAAAUCUUUUUCCGCAAAGGGCUACUCAGUUCACAGUGGAACGAAGCUCGUCUACUACGGGAAUCUUUUGUUCGGCUACGGUUUCUAUAGUGACCUAAUUGAGGAAGGAGAGAAUAAACGUUGGAUGGGUAUUCUACGUUACGGUUUUGGUGGUACGAAGGCAUUCUUUAAACAUCGCUUAUUCAAGGCCAAAAUACGAGUUUUACCUUGGGGUUCAACGCCGAAAGAUGGCGCUCUAGAUUCGAAUUUGAACAAUGAUCACGAAAAAGAAUUUACUGACGAAUUUUUUAGUGUAGAAAUGUAUCCCUUUCUCUUUCCCCUUGUUGACCGUCAAUUGGAAACCUAUUCCCUUCCUCUGUGUAGUCUGUAUAUGCUAAGAAGUUGCUCAAGAAUCGAUCAUUUACAGUUGUUGGCAAAGUUAGCUAGAAAAAAGGACGAUACUUACAGUUUUGAUUUCGUUAAGUCUUUUGAGGCGGAAGGUUUCAGCCUCGCAAUUGAGCCAGAUCCAGACAAUCGCGAAGAAAAUAAUUCCAUAAUCAUCAAUAUCGAUGGCGAUCCAUUCCCUGUUAAGAGAGAAGACGUAAUCCAUGUCAAAAUGUACGCUGACAUGAUAGAUAUUUACGGACCUAGCGCCAGCUGGAAUGAAAUAAAAGAAUUGAUGUAA